CGCCUGAGUUUGUGGAUAUUCGGUGACGGCAGCUGAUUUGAGCACCUUAACUACUACUACUUGUCACAUACACUGAACUCGCACUCAUUGAUUGUGCAUGAUCCCGAUCUUCUGAUGCAAAUACGUCAUCUGAAUAUCGACAACCAUGAUGGAACAGUCUUUAUCUCUCAUCUCUGCCCAGGUCCAGUUCAUGGAAGACAGGCUGGCCCUGGUGCAUAUCCCUUUAGACCUAUAUCCCUUCUUUUUGAAUCCGAUCAUGCAGAUUCUCUUCCAUGAGGUGCCUCCUAUCUCCGAGAACCAAAUGGAAGAGGACGAUGGGUACGCAGAGGGGCAUAGACGCUACCAGCCGGCAUUUUUGAACUUCUCAAUCACCCCUGUGGAAUGCUCGAUCAUGUGCCCCAGACAGCUUGCUAAUGAGUACUUCGCUCCUCUGGUCAACAAGUUCGUUCAGAGCAGUUCCUCGGGCCAAAGCCGCCUCUCCAUCAGCCAUGAUGAUUUUAUUGCCAUGCAGGUGUACGGAGAGGGCCUCGAAGCUGGCCAACGGGUCCUCGAGCUUACGAGCCCGCUGGCCAUGGCAGGAAUCUCUAUCUUCUUCAUAUCCACGUACUUUUCCGACUACAUCAUCGUGCCUCUUCGAAGCAAGACCCAGGUUAUUGAAGCCUUGGAGAAGCGUGGCUUUCAUUUCGAAAUGUCAACGGAGGCUUUCGUCAACAACAACCAAUCCCAGUUCAACAGCUGCUUUAGUCCCGUCUCGUCCCGGUCGGCGAGCAGCUUGAGCUCCCCUCCUGCCACUCCGCCACCCUCGUCGCUGGAUGAACUGCAAACGCGCACGUUUAGCUCGCUGCGGAAGCACCAAAUUGUCCCAUCCGUUGACAGAACCCUGCGUCUAGUGCAAUGCGCCGCGCAUCAUCGCUACACGAGCGAUACAAGCUCCAUUGCCAUCCUCCGUGAAGCCCUCACGACAGCUUUGAUCGUCGACAAGCCACGGUUCCUCUCUCUCACCCUAACCGCUGCUGACCCCGCGGCGUCACUCUUGCUGGAAAAACGUCUUCUUCCCCGCUUCUCAAGUGACUCAUCAGCGGCCACUGACUCGGAUGACGAUACAAGUCUUCUUUUGGGAUCUAAGGAAGAGGUUCUUGUUCCCAUCAUGCUCGACCUACGUAAGCUUCCGCUGGAAGCUUCAGGUAUUGUGUGCGGAGUUGCUGGCCGACUGGCCGACGCAACGCACGCACGGGGCGAUGAGGAUACUGAUGUAUCCACGAUUCUUUCCCAUUCUUGGCACGGCGGUGGCUCCUCUUUCGACAGUGCCUUCAAAAAUGUCCUGUCCUCCAGCCACGGCUCCGGUGGACCUGUCAGAUCCUUCGGCACUAGCCCCGGCUACAGAACCCAUCGUCUGCAGCCAGACAUGGACCCAUACAUGGACGCCGUCGAGAUCAGCUUUCUUAGCACUGCGCGGGCGGGUUCCAUCAUUGUGGGCGAACACGAGCUUCAUCGUGCCGUCGACGCCCUCGAAGCGGAAAGCCACGAACCCGAUGCAGGAAUCACGGCACUCGAACUUUGAUCUUUUUCUGCUUACAACCAAAAGUUUCUUGAUCCACUUGUUUUGCAUUUACUCUUCUUUUUCACCCUGCUUAUUCUUGAUUUUCAGUUAUUCAGCGUAGCAACCACGCUCAAUUCCCUUAUGUUCUUUCGAUUCUUACUUGUUUUCUUCAUGAAUUAUGCUCAAACGGAUACCAAAAACGCUGCAUCACCUUAUGUUUCCUUUGUUGCAUUGACCUUUUCUUGCUUGCACUCCCCCUUCUAGCAAACUGCAGCUCGGGCUUACGCUG